ACAUGUCAAUGUCAGUUCCGUGAUUUGUCAGUUGUCAUUUGGGACAACAACAAAAAUGGCGCAUCUCCCUCUCGGCAUCAAAACCCAUGCACAAAGGGUUUGCAGCCUUUACAAAAGGGCUCUACGUAAUUUAGAAUCGUUUUACGACAGACGUCAUGUGUAUCGAUAUCAAGCAGUACUAUUACGAGAGCGGUUCGACAAACACGUCAAGGAGCCCGACAUGAGGAAGGCUGUGGAGCUCCUCAAGGCCGGAGAGGAAGAGCUCUUCUUGAAUCAGCAUCCCAUUCCUAAAUACUUCGCGACCAGCCCUGGCGGUGUCGCCUACGAGCGUGUGGUAACACCUCCUGAUUGGGUACUCGACUACUGGCAUCCAUUAGAGAAGGCACAGUACCCAGAGUACUUCAAACGCCGUGAGGAAAGGAAGAAAGAGUUCAUAGCUAUGUGGGAGAAGGAAUAUGGCAAGGAAGACCCCAAGGAAAAGCAUCAUUAAUCGAAUUGUGUAGUUAAUAUAGUAAUCGAGUUAUUUA